UACAAUGUCUGAGGUUUAAGUGCAGACUGUCCCCUUUAAUUUGAGGGUAUUUUCAUCCAUAUUGAGGGAAACGUUUAGAAAUUACAGUACUUUUUGUACAUAGUCCUCCCAUUUUAGGAGACCAACGUAUUGGGACAAAUUCACUUACAGUUGAAGUUGGAAGUUUAAGAACACUUAGGUUGGAGUCAUUAAAACAAUUUUUUCAACAAACUAUAGUUUUGGCAAGUCGGUUAGGACAUCUACUUUGCAUGACACAAGUAAUUUUUCAAACAAUUGUUUACAGACAGAUUAUUUCACUUAAAAUUCACUGUACACAAUUCCAGUGGGUCAGAAGUUUACAUACACUAAGUUGACUGUGCCUUUUAGCAGCUUGUAAAAUUCCAGAAAAUGAUGUCAUGGCUUUAGAAGCUUCUGAUAGGCUAAUUGCCGUUAAUUGGAGGUGUAUCUGUGGAUGUACCUUCAAACUCAGUGCCUCAUUGCUUGACAUCAUGGGAAAAUCAAAAGAAAUCAGCCAAAAUUGUAGACCUCCACAAGUCUGGUUCAUCCAUGGGAGCAAUUUCCAAACGCCUGAAGGUACCACGUUCAUCUGUACAAACAAUCGUACUCAAGUAUAAACACCAUGGGACCACGCAGCCGUUAUACCGCUCAGGAAGGAGAAGCGUUCUGUCUCCUAGAGAUGAACGUACUUUGGUGUCUGAAAAGUGCAAAUCAAUCCCAGAACAACAGCAAAGGACCUUGUGAAGAUGCUAGAGAAACAGGUACAAAAGUAUCUAUAUCCACAGUAAAACGAGUCCUAUGUCGACAUAACCUGAAAGGCCGCUCAGCAAGGAAGAAGCCACUAGUCCAAAACUGCCAUAAAAAAGCCAGACUACGGUUUGCAACUGCACAUGGGGACAAAGAUCAUAUUUUUUGGAGAAAUGUCCUCUGGUCUGAUGAAACAAAAAUAGAACUGUUUGGCCAUAAUGACCAUUGUUAUGUUUGGAGGAAAAAGGAGGAGGCUUGCAAGCCAAAGAAUACCAUCCCAACCGUGAAGCACGGGGGUGGCAGCAUCAUGUUGUAGGGGUGCUUUGCUGCAGGAGGGACUGGUGCACUUCACAAAAUAGAUGGCAUCAUGAGAUGGAAAAUUAUGUGGAUAUUGAAGCAACAUCUCAAGACAUCAGUCAGGAAGUUAAAGCUUGGUCGCAAAUGGGUCUUCCAAAUGGACAAUGACCGCAAGCAUACUUCCAAAGUUGUGGGCAGAACUGAAAAAGCGUGUUUCGAGCAAGGAGUCCUACAAACCUGACUCAGCUCUGUCAGGAGGAAUGUGCCAAAAUUCAUCCAAAUUAUUGUGGGAAGCUUGUGGAAGGCUACCUGAAACGUUUGACCCAAGUUAAACAAUUUAAAGGCAAUGCUACCAAAUACUAAUUGAGUGUAUGUAAACUUCUGACCCACUGGGAAAUAAAUAAAAGAUUCUCUCCACUAUUAUUCUGACAUUUUACAUUCUAAAAAAUAAAGUGGUGAUCCUAACGGACAUAAAACAGGGAAUAUUUACUGGGAUUAAAUGUCAGGAAUUGUGAAAAACGUUUUUAUUUGACCUUUUAUUUAACCAGGUCUGCUAGUUGAGAACAGGUUCUCAUUUACAACUGCCACCUGGCCAAGGUAAAGAAAAGCAGUGCGACACAAAAAACAGAGCUGCACAUGGAAUAAACAAACACAGUCACAAUAGAGAAAAAAGUAUAUAUACAGUGUGCAAAUGAGGUAAAAUAAGGGAAUAAAUUGGCCAUAGUGGUGAAAUAAUUACAAUUUAUCAAUUAAACACUGGAGUGAUAGAUGUGCAAAAUAUGAAUGUGCAAGUAGAGAUACUGGGGUAUAAAGUAUCAACAAAAAAAAUAACAGUAUGGGGAUGAGGUAGUUGGAUGAACUAUUUACAGAUAGGAUAUGUACAGGUGCAGUGAUCUGUGAGCUGGUGCUUAAAGUUAGUGAGGGAGAUAUGGAUCUCCAGCUUCAGUGAAAUUUGCAAUUCGUUCCAGUCAUUGGCAGCAGAGAACUGGAAGGAAUGACGUUCAAACGUCGGAAUUGGCUUUGGGGGUGACCAGCGAAAUAUACCUGCUGAAGCGCGUGCUAUGGGUGGGUGCUGCUAUGGUGACCAGUGAGCUGAGAUAAGGCGGGGCUUUACCUAGCAAAGGCUUAUAGAUGACCUGGAGCCAGUGGGUUUGGCGACGAAUAUGAAGCGAGGGCCAGCCAACGAGAGCAUACAGGUCGCAGUGAUGCAGGUAGUAUAUGGGGCUCUGGUGACAAAAUGGAUUGCACUGUGAUAGACUGCAUCCAAUUUGCUGAGUAAGGCUAUCUUGUAAAUGACAUCGCCAAAGUCAAGAAUCGGCAGGAUUGUCAGUUUUACGAGGGCAAGUUUGGCAGCAUGAGUGAACGAUGCUUUGUUGCGAAAUCGGAAGACGAUUCUAGAUUUAAUUUUGGAUUGGAGAUGCAUAAUGUGAGUCUGGAAUGAGAGUUUACAGUCUAACCAGACACCUAGGUAUUUGUAGCUGUCUACAUAUUCUAGGUCAGAACCAUCCAGAGUAGUGAUGCUGGAUGGGCGGGCAGGUGCGGGCAGCGAUCGGUUGAAGAGCAUGCAUUUAGUUUUACUUGCAUUUAAGAGCAGUUGGAGGCCCCGGAAGGAGAGUUGUAUGGCAUUGAAGCUCGUCUGGAGGUUAGUUAACACAGUGUCCAUAGAUGGGACAGAUGUAUACAGAAUGGUGUCGUCUGCGUAGAGGUGGAUCAGGGAAUCACCAAUAGCAAGAGCGACAUCAUUGAGGUAUACAGAGAAGAGUCGGCCCGAGAAUUUAACCCUGUGGCAUCCCCAUAGAGACUGCCAUAGGUCCGGACAACAGGCUCUCCGAUUUGACACACUGAACUCUGUCUGAGAAGUAGUUGGUGAACCAGGCGAGGCAGUCAUUUGAGAAACCAAGGCUGUUGAGUCUGCCGAUAAGAAUGUGGUGAUUGACAGAGUCGAAAGCCUUGGCCAGGUCGAUGAAUACAGUUGCACAGUAUUAUCUCUUAUCAAUAAUGGUUAUGAUAUCGUUUAGGACCUUGAGUGUGACUGAGGUGCACCCAUGACUAGCUCGGAAACCAGAUUGCAUAGCGGAGAAGGUACGGUGGGAUUCGGAAUGGUCGGUGAUCUGUUUGUUAACUUGCCUUUCGAAUACCUUAGAAAGGCAUGGUAGGAUAGAUAUAGGUAUGUAGCAGUUUGGGUCUAGAGUGUCUCCCCCUUUGAAGAGGGGAAUGACUGCGGCAGCUUUCCAAUCUUUGGGGAUCUCAGACGAUACGAAAGAGAGGUUGAACAGGCUAGUAAUAGGGGUUGCAACAAUUUCGGCUGAUCAUUUUAGAAAGAUAGGGUCCAGAUUGUCUAGCCCUGCUGAUUUGUAGAGGUCCAGAUUUUGCAGCUCUUUCAGAACAUCAGCUAUCUGGAUUUGGGUGAAGGAGAAAUGGGGAGGCUUGGGCAAGUUGCUGUGGGGGUGCAGGGCUGUUGACCAGGGCAGGGGUGGCCAGGUGGAAAGCAGGGCCAGCUGUAGAAAACUGCUUAUUGAAAUUCUCAAUUAUAGUGGAUUUAUCGGUGGUGACAGUGUUUCCUAGCCUCAGUGCAGUGGGAAGCUGGGAGGUGCUCUUAUUCUCCAUGGACUUUACAGUGUCCCAGAACUUUUUGGAGUUUGUGCUGCAGGAUACAAAUUUCUGUUUGAAAAAGCUAGCCUUCGCUUUCCUAACUGCCUGUGUAUAUUGGUUCCUAACUUCCCUGAAAUGUUGCAUAUCACGGGGGCUAUUUGAUGCUAAUGCUGUACGCCACAGGAUGUUUUUGUGCUGGUCAAGAAUAUAUUAUUAUUAUGUAUUUGGCUAAGGUGUAUGUAAACUUCCGACUUCAACUGUAUGUGUAUUAAAGUAGUCAAAAGUGUAGUAUUUGGUCCCAUAUUCCUAGCGUGCAAUGAUUACUUUAAGCUUGUGACUUUACAAACAUGUUGGAUGCAUUUGCUGUUUGUUUGGGUUGUGUUUCAGAUAAUUUUCUGCCCAAUAGAAAUUAUUGGUAAGCAAUGUAUUGUGUAAUUUUGGAGUCACCUUUUAUUGUAAAUCAGAAUAGAAUAUGUUCUAAACACUUCAAUAUUCAUGUGGAUGCUACCAUGAUUACGGAUAAUCCUGAAUGAUUUGUGAAUAAUGAUGAGUUCGAGUUAGAUGCACAAAUAUCAUAACCCCCUAAAAUGUUCACCUCCCCUGUUAUUGUAAUGGUGAGAGGUUAGCAUGUCUUGGGGGUAUGAUAUGUGUGCACUUGUAACUUUCCCACUCAUCAUUAUUCACAAUUAAUUCAGGACUAUCUGUAAUCAUGGUAGCAUCCACAUUAAAUGUAGAAGCGUUUAGAAACAUUCUAUUGUUAUUUACAAUAAAAGUGACUCCAAAAUGACGCAAUACAUUAUUUACCAUUAAUUUGUACUGGGCACAAUAUAAUCUGAAACACAACCAAAACAAACAGCAAAUGCAAGCAGCAAAGAAACCCUGCCCUCUCUAGGCACUUGUGGAGAGCUGAAACAACUUAAUAGGUGUAAGGCUGUAAGCAAUAGGGUGAAUGCAUUUUGAAGUAAAUCUCAGCUCUGUUAAAGUACACUCAAGGAAAUCAUGAACAGAUCUCAAAGUGAUUCAGCAGUAUCAUUAAAUCGGGUUAACAUGCCCCACCAACAUUACACAAUUAUACUGAAAGGUAUUUAUUUCAGCAAUAUAAGGCAUCUAAUCAAUGAUGAGAAUACUCUGAUCAACCGAUAUGUAGCAGGAAGAUUGGCGUACCGUGAAUCAAGAGGUUGUGAUUUGAAAUUCAAGGUGAGGACUGUUUAAUUAUUAUUAAUGUAUUUUGACAUUUUUUUUAUUUCACCUUUAUUUAACCAGGUAGUCCAGUUGAGAACAAGUUCUCAUUUACAACUGUGACCUGGCCAAGAUAAAGCAAAGCAGUGCGACAAAAAACAGCAGAGUUACACAUAAACAAUCGUACAGUCAAUAACACAAUAGAAAAAUCUGUAUACAGUGUGUGCAAAUGAAGUAAGGAGGUAAGGCAAUAAAUAGGCCAAUAGUGGCGAAGUAAUUACAAUUGAGCAAUUUACACUGGAGUGAUAUGUGCAGAUGAGGAUGUGCAAGUAGAAACCUUUGUCUGUGACAACUGCCGUUUGGUGCUACGCUGACACUGCAUGUCCUUUUUGAGUUUUGCGUCUUUACCUAACAAAGUCAUGUUAGAAUAUGUCAGUUAUCCCGUGAGAGCUUUUGAGCCGAACCCACUAAAGUGUUUCAGAUGCCAAGCUUAUGGUCAUGUUGCAGCAGCAAUGUGUAGGAGGGCAUUGGCCCGAAGGAAUGUUAGUAUCAAUUGUGGGGGUUCCCAUGUUGCUGGGGAUCAGAAGUGCCUUAGUGCGAGAGAGACUGGUUGAGGUUGCCAGUCAGAGUAGAACAGAAGGUGUCGUAUGCUGAGGCAGUGAAGAGCGUAGAGGAUGAUGGGUCAAGGGUGAGUAGUAGGCCUUGGCCAAUACAGUGAUAGGAAUUUGUGCUUCAGUAAGGUUGGCUUCUUAGUAUUCAUAGCCAUGGUUAUCAACUGUACCACAGAAAUGGAACCUAAAUCACAUAAAAUAGAUGUUGUGGUGGCAGCUGCAAAGAAGUACUUGGGUGUACAAGGUUUUACUGCAGGAGAGUUACAAGGAUGAAAUAGUAGGCCUGGUGUAGGAUCAGUUAGGGUCAACGUUGUGGACUGGGGUGGUGGUGUUUAUUUUAAUGAAUUAGUGGUAUAUAGGUGAAGGGCUAGUUUGGUGGUACAAUUGUUUUCCUUUCCCUCAAACCUUUUGGCAUCACUCAAUUUAACGUGAACGCCCACACUCCCGCACAGUAGGUGGCGGCAUGCACAAACAACGUGCGAACACCAUGAUCCCGAAGAAACAGAAGUAGUGUAGUGAACAACUACAAUUUCCACGUUAGCGUUUUUGUUGUUAUUUAGACGUUUAUUAACACAUUGGAACUCAAAAUACGAGCAUCAUAAAUGUACCGCAGUUAGUCUUUACUUCGCGUUGGAAGUAAAGACUAGGUAACGCUAGCUAGCCGCUAACCUAACGAUGGCUAACUGUAUGGUUUUUCACACUCAAAUAGCCUCCAUUAUGGAGGUUCUAGCGAAUGCAGCCGUGUCAGAGAUCUGUAAAAUAGUAGACGACGAGUAUGCAGUGUUUCGUUUGGAAAUAACUCAAAGCCAGAAAGAAAACAGGGGAUUGCGGAGGAAACUACAGGUACUGGAACUGAAGGUGGCACGGGAGCGCGCAGAGAGGACAAUACGAGAGCGCGUCCUCGCCAGUCGUCCCAGUAGUGUCAAGAUCCUCGACCGAUACAGCGGAAUGGCAAGAGGUGAAGGACAUCUCACUGGAGGCGGCAGGAGCUUUGUGAAGCCAGCGGGACAUAACGUGUGGAGAGAUGACCAAAACAUAGCAAUUGAGGAUGCAGAUGCAGAGGCUGCAGGUCCUGAAGGAUUGUCUCUGGUCAAGCAGGAGAGGACUGAAGGAGAGGAGGACCGACGGCACAGCAGAGACAUUCAGACUGGAGCAGCGGCUGGAGUGGCGCCACCUGUAGCCACAGAGGACCUUGCGACUGCUGCCGCGACCCAACGCAGAAUCACGGAGGUCAGUGGAAUGCCGAACGCCGUCCUCAAGUCAGAGACAGACAACGAGACUUUAACUGUAACACAAAGGAUCUUACACACAGGAUCUGACCACAGAUCAGACCCAGAGAGACUGGGGCAGGGGCCACUGGGCUGUCCUGCACCUGGCUCAGAGUAUUUACUUUACGGUAACCCAAGCCCGAGGACGGUUCAUUCCCAUCUGGACUUGGGUGAUGCGUCAGAGACUGUCAAUGAUCCGUCUUGUUCUUACAAUACAGAGUUGGGCCCUGGCAACAUGCCCUUGGGAUUAGAGACACAGACUGAUCUGUCUAGAGCGGAAUGGAACCGGUACAGUAGUAGUGUAUACUCUGAAGGGAGCCAAGAUCAGAAAGGGGAGGCUAUAGUGGUAGAUGAGGUGAAAGUGGAGGGCGACGCUCCUCCCACAUGGAGUGCAGAUAGUCUCCUGGGAGAUGGACACUCACAGGGCAGAGUUUUCUUAGAUUACAGGGGAAGCUUAGAGAUAAAUCGAAAUGGUGCCACCCACUCCCCUUUACACGCAUUCAGGGAUCACGACCCAGUGUCCACGUCGACGACACCUUCUGAUUCACAAGGCUGCGUUCUUUUCGAUCAGGUAUUGAACUCAAAUGACCAAAGGGCCAAGGCUCGGGGAGCAACAUCAGGCAAUAGUAAAGAGAAACGGUUCCUCUGCAUGUUCUGUAACAAAGGCUUCAGCUGCCCCCAGAAGGUGGAGAUCCACCAGAGAGUCCACACAGGUGUGAAACCCUUCAGCUGUACCCAGUGUCACAUGAGCUUCGCCCAGGCUGGUGACCUGAAGAGGCACCAGAGGGUCCACACAGGGGAGAAACCCUUCAGCUGCCCCCAGUGUGAGAAGAGGUUCUCCCAGGCUGGUGACCUGAAGAGGCACCAGAGGGUCCACACAGGGGAGAAACCCUACAGUUGUACCCAGUGUCACAUGCGCUUCGCCCUGGCUGGCAACCUGAAGAUGCACCUGAAGGUCCACACGGGAGAGAGGCCAUUCGCCUGUAGGCAUUGCGGGAAGAGGUUCUCAGAGAGGAGCUACCUCAGGAUACACCAGCAGAAAAACCAUUCCACUCUGUAAAAUAGAAAAUAAUUUCACUUAAUAGCUUCUGACAUUUGCAUCAAAUGCUGCAUUAACCCCCCCCAGCGUGAGUUUUUUUGGUUAUGCGCGUGAUAUCAGAAUGCAUUCACUAGCUAGGUUUCCAUCCCAGUUGGCAACAGAUUUUCAUGCGAAUAUUCUCAAAUCUGCAUAAAAACAAUGUGCACAUUUUCCCACCAGAAAUGUUUCCAUCAAAUCAGUGCGUGAUGACGUAGUGCACCCAAAAUGUACUUUUUCGAUUCAAGUUUUCAUGUACGAAAUAAAAAUAUAAAAGUUCAA